AUGAUACCAACUAGAAUCUUACUCAACGGUGCCAAAAACGUUAAACCAAAGCUUACUUACCCAGUUGAAUUAACUCCAUUGUUUGCUGCUGUCGGUGUUGCCCUUGUUUCAGCAACUUUUUUCACUUACAGACAUUUCACUUACGAUAAGGAAUUAAGAUUAUGGAAAAACGCUGACUUGUCCGAAUUGAACAAAGUUUUGGACAAAGCCGUGGAAGAAGAAAAGAAAUAA